AUGUGUACCAGAAUUUCGAAACGCGACUGCUUCUGGUUUGUAUUUCAGCGAGUGAAAUCCCCCCCCCCAAAAAGGAAAAGAAAAAACGAAUCCCGGAACGGUGAUCGUCCACGGAUACUGGCUCGGAACGCUCGCACUGCGGGCCAGCUCCAUCCCGGCUCAGUAAUACCCUCAGUGAACUUACCGGGAAACCGCCUCCGCCACCGCCAACUGCAAUCAACCAAAUUGUUCGCCGCAAAAGGCACGCUGGGAAAACGUCCGGCGUUUACGGUUCGGCAACGAGUGCAAAAAAAGAAAGCCAAGGGUGGACUACGAUCUCUAUCAACUACUAUUUGCUGGUGUUUCGAUACAAAGGACAUCAUUCCAGCUAGGAAUAUCCUGUAUUUAGGUUCUUUGCUUGGAGCUCCACCAGAAAUCAGCGAAAGCAAAUUGCACUCCAGCGGCGCAGGAGGACAGCUACGAGAGUGUGAAGGAUUGUGUAGCGUUUGAAUCCAGACCAGAUUCAUUCAGGACCCCUGCAGCAGCCCGCCAUCGACGGCCGAG